AUGAGUCGACGAGGCAGCGUCUCGGACGACGACGACGACGCGACCGGCGAGCGCCGCAGCGUCAGCAAUCGAAGCUGCAGCAGCAGUAGCAGCAGCAGAGAGCGGAGCGGCAGUGCUGGCACCAGUUGUGGGGGCGCAGCUGCCCCUCAGUUCGUGGCGAUUCACUCGCGCGUUGGUAAGAAGUAUCAGGCUGUGAUCCCGGAGCUCCUGGUAGACGCCACAGAGCUAAGGGAAAAGAAGAAACAGGUGCUGCAGCUGCCACGAUCGAGAUACUGUCGUGGUCGAGCCCAAGAGCUGGGAAUCGAGCUGGACAAGUACCUUCAGUGGGCGCGGUCGCUGCGAGAAGGCGCGACGUUUGAUACGUCGGAACACAUGACGACGCUGGCUCUUGAGCACCUGCAUCGCUUUGAUUACAAUAUCACGGACGCUGCGUGCUCACUAUAUGCACGACAUAGUAUCGAAGUGCCGUCACCGGCGGUGACAGAAAGUCCACAACUGACGACUAAGUUGACAGCAUCGGAAGGAGCGAAACAGUGGCUCUUGGCGUUCUACUGCUGCAUGAGAGAGACAGCAAUUGAUGGUGAGGUGUUUAACAAGAUGCGGCAAUUACACGACGAUGCUGAGACGAGUGCUGAAAAAAGUUUAAUACCAGCGACAGAAGCGGGGGUCCUAGCCCGACUUGUUGCGCGUAUUUUUCAGUGGAGAAAGCAGUGUGAGGUCGUGCAGAACGAGAAAGUCGAUUGCGCACAGCUGCGAAGGCUACUGCACGAAGCAGAAGAUAUGCAGGUGGUACUGCCGGAAAAGGAAGUGGUCGUGUCCAGGAUACGGGCGUUUGAAGCGGCACUUGCGCGGCUGAAAGAAGCGCUAGGACAAACCCGUAGUAGCAAACGGCACCAGAGCAAGAAGGUGGCACUAAAAGAGUUGGAAAAGCUCUUCGAAGCAGUGACGGUAUCUCGUGUGAUUUUUGUAGAAGAAUAUCAACUUCGUAACGUGGUAGAUGAGGCAAAGGAACUUAAGUCUGUAAUGGACAAUAUGUUGGCGGAAGGCAAAGUAAGCCUACCCGUUGUGCGUGAUGUGCUGGCGAAGCUCGAGUUCAUCCCAGUGAAUUUUGAGGAGGAGGUGGCGCAAUUUCAAACCAAGAUGCUGAACGCACAGACGUGGCUGGCAAAGGCUCGCAAAUGUAUGCCUAAUCGUCGGGCCACACGUCGAGCAAGUAGUGCUGAUUCAAAUAAAAUGGAUGUGGAAGCAAUUCGUGCGCUCGUCGACGAUGCGCCGUGUGAAACUAGUACCGAAAUGUUCGAAAUGCAAGAUUUAUUGGUGUGUGCGGACGAGUGGGCCGCCAAGGUGAAGAAAGUAAUCGAUGAUAGUGCCAAUAUUACGCUCGACCACCUGAAAGAAAUCCUGGACGAGGCUAAAGACAUCCCAGUUAUCAUGGAUGAGCAAAAGUUUUUGGAGGCUGAAAUUGCUGCACGAGAAUGGUGUACGAUCGCUGCAGCAAAGUUGGCUUCUCGCAAAUCUAUUGAAGAAAUCGAGGAUCUGAGAGCACAGGCCAAUUCGAUACGGGAGCGCAUUUAUCCCAAGAAGCAGUCACGCUGGAAGCCACAGAUAGAACGCGAGAUCCACGCUGCCUUGGACCAAGCACGCAAAUGGAUCAAUGAGCUUCGAGAUAACCUUGGUGUUACGGCCUCUGACAAGUUGUUCGCCUCGUUAUCGUCAUACGUACCAUGUUCGGUAUCUUCCAGGUCAUUAUCUCAUUCGUCAGCGUCACAUGGCGAUAGAGCAAAUAAGAAAUCGAUGGACACAAUUGGCAAGCUGGUUGAAAAGUCGCAGGCUCUUGCGGUUGACGUGUCCUCAUACACUACGCCGCUGAAUGACUUGCUUUUAAAAGGCGUUGAAGCGCAGGCCGAAGCGAGCGCUGUUUUGAUGAGUAUCGGCUGCUUAUCUGGAACUAACUUUCCCGACAUAGCAGAUGAUAAGGAAAGAGCAGAGAUUGAGUUUACGCCUCGUGAGCUAGGUGAUCUGGCGCAGGCGUCAUCCUUACUGGAGCGAAUAUAUGCUUUUCCAUUUACUUUCGAUGAGGGGCAGAUUCUUGCUAGCAUUGUCGAAGGUGAAAAAGGUUGGGCAGCGCGCGUUCGUGAAUGUAUUCCUCCACGGCAGUCAAGGAAAAAGGGUUUAGCCAAUGAAUCGUUUUCGACCGAACAACUGCACGAGCUAUUGAAUGAGUCCAAGAAGUUACGCUUUUUAUUUUGGGACGAAUUGCGCAUCUUGUCGAGGGAGCUCAAUGAUUUGACCUUAUGGCGAGCAAAGGCACACGAGGUUAUGAAUGGUGAAAUCUGUGUCCCUAUUGGAAAGGCGGUCGAUCGUCUUCGAUCAUUUGAUCUUCUCGUGUAUGGGAAGCUGCAACAGGCUAAACAGACGCUCCGUGUCGGCAAUGUGGUUGCUGUCGAUACCGGUGACACAAACUGCAAGCUUGCAGGCACUGGAGUGUCAUUGCCUUGGCCCAAGAAGGAAAUGGAAGCUGUUAAGGAUGAAGCAUGUAGCGAGAAAGCCAAUGGACACACGAUGGAUGUCGAUGCAGAGGGCUCAAGCAAUCCUGGCAUAGUGCUGGAUAGUAAAGAAAGGCGUCUUGGACUUGAAGUCGUUCACUGCGAAAGUGGUUGCUUCAAAAAUGGCGUAAAAGUAGGAGUAGUGGCUGGUGUAAAUACUGCUAGCUCUGCUAGUAUCGCUGGCAUGAAUAUGCGGGCGGUGGAGAUACACAUCGAUGAGAUUAUGGCGCGUGUUAGAGUUGAAAGUGGCUGCAUGCGAAAGUCCGUAUCCAAGGACGAGGAGGACGAUGCUAAUGCUAUCGAUGUAAGGAGAUCAUGGAUGGCCGAAAAUGGGCAAGACCUUUUGGAGUCAGUUUUGGCAAUGGCAGAGGAAAGUUUUGAAGCUGUUAAUAGUUUGGAGCUAAAAGAAGCCGAAUUACGUCAAACAGUCGAGGAGCUGGUACUGACUGGAGAAAACGGCGGUAUGGUGGAGGAUAUUACGGAUAAAUCUGUGCGAGUACUGAACGCGUGGAAGCAACAGCUUGUGCAUGUACGAAAGGAAAGUGAAAUUCUCAGCGUCGAAGCUCCGGAGCAGCAGGCGCUAGACCUGGUCAUAUCGUUGCUCGACUGGUUGCAAGGGUCUCGGUCGCUCUUUUACGACGAAAUUCUUCCUCUCCAAGACUUAGUCGAGAAGGGUGACAGGAUUGCUGAAGAUCUAAGGAAAUCUGCGUCUCAUGGUAUCAUAGAGCUUAAAACCCUGGGAAUUAUGGAGCUAAUGCUUUGGCCACUACCGUACUUAAAGGCUCAUGAAAAGGUGGUGCUUGAGUGGACCGCGCGCGUUCACAAAUGUGUGGCAGGAAAGCACGCGCAGGUAAACGAGCUACAGGCGCUGCUUGAUAGCGGAAGUGGACUUCUUCUGGAGCAGGGUGCCUUCAAAAUUGUGAUGGAUGAAGCCAAGAAAGCCAAAAUCUGGUUAUCAAAGCUAAAGAAACGUUUGCGAGCUCUAACAACCAAAGGAGCCCAACGACUUAGCAUGGGCACAGCGCGUUCUCUUGUCGAGGAAGGAGAGGAUAUUGCCAUUGACAUUCCUGUAUUUGAUUUCCUAAAAGAGCACCUAGAGAUUGCAACUGACUGGGAGCAGCGCGUGCUAGGGUCUGGAAUCGAGACAGGUCAGGCACGGGUUGCAACUCUGCUUGCAUUACUUAAUGAGUACGAGUGCGCUCGUCUGGUGAUUGAUCUCGAUAUGCAUCGAGACGUUUUGAAGUCAGCCACUGAGCGAUUUUGCAUUUGCCGACAACCUUUUGACGGUUUAAUGAUUGGAUGCGAUUACUGUGAUGACUGGUUCCACGACAGUUGUAUUGGUAUGUCCAAGGAAAAGGCCGAGAAGGUGGAGCAUUACACUUGCCCGUCUUGCACUGUUUUGCAGGAGUUGGCAGCAAUGCUGCAGCAAGCAACUAUAACGUUACAGCAAGGCACUUUGUGGGACAUGCACGAGUACGCCAAAGCUUUUGAAAAACAUCAGGCCAGCGCACUGCGAAAGGUCAAGCGCGAGGAAAAGACCGUCGAGCGUACCGAAAUGCUGUUGUUCAGCGUCACUAACCAGAUGCAUCAGCUGCGGGCACGGAUUGACGACACCGAGCGUGCAAAGGCCUGCUUGACGAUGAAAGGAAACAGUACUUUUGCAGUACAUUAUCCAUCGAAGCAAACAUCCCAGCUUGGGCAAUCUGCGGCUGAACGAGUGUCGGCAGCGCCAGCAUCUGCCGUUGCCAUGGCGAAUGUGGUGACCUCAAAAGCCAUGGCGCGUGUAACGGUCCCUACGAUCCCUGCGAAUACAAAUACAAGUUUACUGGCUGUUGCUCCAUCAUCCGCUGCUACUACUGCUUCUAGUAAUGCCAACACGGCUUUGUCAGCGGCAUCCACUAUCGCCGGGAUAAACGUCGCAGUUUUAAAUCGCCAGCAGUAUCCCAGUAUCCUGAUUCCACCCAUGCGUGCCGUCGGUAAAGAACUUAAAAGUGUAUCGAAUCCAGAAGAUGUUGGCAAGCUUGUCGCGAGGAUCGACGCGGGCAGUUCGGCUAAAGCGCCCACUAUAAAUGGUGCGACAGUUUCGAAGGAGUGCUUAGAUGCUGGGAAGACUAAUACCUCACCAGCACUUCCAGUGACUUUUUCGUCUACUUUUUCCGCUUCGUCCUGCCAACAAACAACAUCCGCCAUGGCAACGCCUGUGGCUCCACCCACGUCGAUUCCCUCCACAUCCGCUCCGGGUACAGCUCAGCAGACUCUUACCUCGGCAUUGCUGAAUCCAGUAACCGCCACAUUGAUGGGUAGCACUUUGGUGGUUGCGGGUGGUGUGGAGCAACAACUAGCCAAGAUGAAGAGGGAGCAUGUUGAGGCUAGCAAGCAAGUGCUAGAGCUGCAGACCUCGUCGCGUCUAAGUCGUGAGCGCCUAACAAAAGCUCAGCAAGCACUUCGGGAGACUUCGGAUAUCUUUCACGCUCGGCAUCAAAUGCUGUCUUACGCACAAACGUGGGCUCAGCAAGCCGGUGUGCUGCUUAAUACGACAGUUUUGCUGUCACGUGCUAAUGUUGUUUUCGAAAAAUUCAUUCCUCAAGAGUACGAGUCCGUACUAGAUGCCAUGGUGUGCUCUCCACUAGAUCCGGCCGCUGGUUCCACAACAGAACCUAUGCCCAUAAAGAUCGAUAAAUUGUUUCCUGGUGUGGACAGUUUUGCCCGUUUGCUACGAGCGGUACCGUGGAGUCUCGUGGUGGUGUCCCUGUUACAGCAACGCCCGUCACGUGACGAGAUUAGUAAUGCCAUCUCGUAUGCAUCUGAGCAUGGGCUAUGGGAAGAUAAGAAAAUCUCGACGGUGCUACGCAGCUUGAUUGGACGCGUGGACGCGUGGGUAUCGCGUGCUCAUAAAUGCAUGAUAAAAACCGGAACCAAGAUGCAACAAUUAUCCCGACUAAAAGUGUUGAUGAAUGAGUAUACCAAGCUUCCGCUGACAUAUUCGAAAGUGGCAGGACCCUUGGAUAUCUACAUGGAAAUGCUAUCGGGUGUUGGAGUAAAGAGCGACGUCAAAAGUGAGAGCAGUGCAUUCACUCUCGAAGCAGCAGAAACUGCCGCUAUAACAGCUUUAGAUGACGCGAUGGUUGGCAUUUCUUCAUCUCUGGCUGCAUCCGGUGUAGGCACCAUGGGCAGCAGCAGCACGCGAAAACAAGCACCACGAAAGCGGAGGAUGUACACGCGGAAAGAAAAACCUGCAUCUUGCUCAUUAAAAAAAGUAAAGACGUCACGAGAUGGACCCGACGACGCGUGUGUGGCACAGUCAUCAACUAAUUCUGCCACCUCAGUCGAGGUCUUAGACAAAGCGUCGAUGACCAAAGCAUCCUGA